UAUCAUAUCAUAUUUUUGAGCAAAAAUAAACAUGACAACAUAAAAGUAAUAUUUUAAAGCUAAUAGAUUAGACAGUACUAUUAUAACCGUUUAACCGUUCAGUACACAAUUUAACACGAGUUCUCUGAGAGAUUUAAUAAAUUUUUGGGAUGAAUGCAAAAUUAAUUCUCAUCCCAAUUUUUCUAAUUGGAUCAUGUGUGGCUCAGCUUGACCCAGAUUUAUUGGAUGAUAUUUUUUCUAACACAAAAUAUCCAAUUGAAAUCAUUGAUCAAGUAUUUAGAAAAUCGAAUUUUGAAACUACAGACCAUCCUGUUACAACAGUUGGACAAAAAAACCUACCACGUGAACGAACUGUCAGCUCAUAUCAGCUAUGUGGUCCUAAUAAGGUAUGUGUUCGUCAGUAUCUUUGCAAUAAUGGAAAAUUUAACAAUCAUGGUGGAUUUAUUAUUCAACCUCACUUGGGUUCUGAAUGUAAUAUUGGUUUGGAAACUUGCUGUGAUAUAAGUGAAACAUCAGAUGAACCAAUUUUAAACCCACUCCCAUCAACAGUUGGAUGUGGUUAUAGAAAUAAAAAUGGACUUGGAAUCAAAAUCAAAGAACCCACUGAUGACGAAGCUGAAUUUGGUGAAUUUCCAUGGAUGGUGCUAAUUUCGGAGAAAAUUAUUACUAAUGGCAAAGUUAAAAGCUCUUUCAAGUGCGGAGGUUCGUUGAUAGCUCCAACAGUCGUUUUAACUGGAGCUCACUGUGUGAAAUCCACACAAGCCCGGAAUAUUCAGGUCAGAGCUGGUGAAUGGCAAUCUAAUUCCGAUGUCGAACCAUUUCCACACCAGGACAGACAAGUCGUAGAAAAAAUUAUGCAUGAAAAUUUUGAUGAUGUUCGUUUGGAAAACAAUAUUGCUCUACUUUUCCUCGAGACACCAUUCGAUAAGGAUCCUCACAUCAAUACAGUUUGUUUGCCACCAGUCAAUACAAAUUUCGACAUGUCACGUUGUAUUGCUUCUGGCUGGGGAAGGAAAAGAUUCAGAUCAAAAAAAUAUCCAAAAAUUAUGAAGAAAAUUGAGUUGCCAGUAGUUCCAAAUGCUAAAUGUCAAAACGACUUAAGACAAACACGUUUAGGGCCAUCCUUUGAAUUGCAUUCCAGUUUUAUGUGUGCUGGUGGAGAACAUAACAAAGAUACUUGCAAAGGAGACGGUGGUGGACCAUUAGUUUGUCCAAUGGCCAACAAUCCAAAUCGAUACUACCAAGUUGGAAUUGUUUCUUGGGGUAUUGGAUGUUUUGACGAAAAUGUGCCUGGAGUUUAUGCAAGCAUUCCACAUCUCCGUUCUUGGAUUGAUGAACAGUUGGCUUAUAAAGAUAUCCAUGUAAAUUCUUUUACGCCAUAAAUGUGCCUUUAAUUAUAAAAUUGGACAAAGUCAGUGCUAAAAAAUAACAAUUAAAAUUAGAACAAAAAUUGUUCAACUUCAUUUGAUAGCAAAUUUCUAGUAAAUAGAUUUUUGUAUAACUCCUUGAAUUGCUUCAGAGAAUAAAAACCAUUAAAUGCUUAUAAUAA